UCGCAUCGCUCCUCUGAUUUACAUGCUAGAGACCAUUUGGAGAGCUUAAUCACCAAGCACGGUCACCCCACACCCGUUUCGUUGUCAUCGCUCCGGGACUUGACAGCAACUUCGUCUACAUAUAAUCCCCCCUCACCACUCUCCCGUCCGACUUCUCCGGUCUCAGACACUAUCGAUUCUUUGGAAACUCUGUCUCUCUCCAGUUCGACCACUCGACCAAUCCCCAUUCCCAAAAGGUCUUCAUCGUCACACGAGGACGACCUACCCGUCACCCCUCUCACAGGGCGCUUCGACAAAGGCGACUACUUUCCGCACCGUGACCACCGGCGCACUCCAGCCGACAGAAAACCGGAGAUCUCAAGACACAAAAAAGCACACAGCCGACACGGUCCUCAUUCAUCACAUUCCAAACGUUCUUCAAGGAUGCGUGCCGAAAGCUCGACCUUCUACUCCCCUGUUUCCCCGGCCAUGUCUCCAUCUGGACGCCCUUCUUCUCCACAGCCAUCCAGAACACAGAACACGACCAAAUCAGUGCCCUCCUUCCAUCUUGGAAGCCUUCCUCGAUACCACCCAGCCGUGUACCAGCAACAAAGCAGCUCGCAAGGCUUCACAGCACAGCAGCCUCCCUCGCCGCGGCAAACUCGCCAGCACACUUAUCGGACAUCAUCUAGCUCGCGAGAAAACAGUAUGUGGCAGUACCGAGAACUCGUGGAAAGUGUAACCAGAACCCCCACAGGAUCACUCGGCCAAAGCCCAUCUGCCCCAAGAUUAGACCCCCUUCGCAGCCCAGGCCCUGUCACCCCCUUGACGUUGGAAGAAGCAAGCGGUUACCUCGCCGGCGGUGCAAACAAUUCCGAUCCCUCUUCAAGGGACACCGCCGCCGCGCCAGAUCUAGUGGAAAGACUCCUUGCCCGUGAAAACGAGCGAGCUCGACAGAAGAGCAGAAUGACUGCCAAGGGCCGGUGA